GGCUUUGUCCCUCAGCUACACUGGGAGGAGGCUGCCGCCCGAGGUUGGACACCAGCAGCAGGAGGUGACCAGGAAGAGGCUCCCAGGAUGUCUGAGCUGGAGAAGGCCAUGGUGGCCCUCAUUGACGUUUUCCAUCAGUACUCAGGUCGGGAGGGAGACAAGCACAAGCUGAAGAAGUCUGAGCUGAAGGAGCUCAUCAGCAAUGAGCUUGCCCACUUCCUGGAGGAAAUCAAAGAGCAGGAGAUUGUUGAUAAAGUCAUGGAAACACUGGACAGCGAUGGAGAUGGCGAAUGUGACUUCCAGGAAUUUAUGGCCUUUGUUGCUAUGGUCACUACUGCUUGCCACGAGUUCUUUGAACAGGAGUGACGGAGAAGGCAGCCAGGCUCUUCCUGAAGCGGGGGUGAGGGAGGCUUAGGGAAGCGAGGAGCAAGGGCUUGCGGGCCAAGUAGGGGCUGGGCUGCCCAGCCACACUGUAGCUCACUAGGGAGCCUGGUCUGCUUGAUGAAUGACAGAUUGGAAACCUCUUCCAAGAGCUGUUGCACACAGCUCUGUUAGUGUGUCAGCUGCCUGGUCCCAGGCUGCUGGGGAAAGCCUGUUCUCAGUCACAAAGCGUGUGUCAACCCUGAGUCCCUGAGAAUUCUGGCCCAGGAAAUGGGAACGACCCAGCGUUACUCUGCAGUGUCAGAACAGCUUCAACUGCAUCUAAAACCAGACAGGCUGCACCUGCCACUUAAAAAGCUCGCUGCCUUAGCAAUGUCUCAGUGCAAAUAAAGCUGAGCAUAGUUA